AAACGUCUGUGCGUCUGCUUGAUAUUAUGCCAGAAGAGCUAAGGUGCAGCUUCUCAGGCUAAAACUAUCGAGAAUUACCAACCUUUCUUCGAGUUGGAGGUAAGAGUAGACAGACAUCUUUAACUCAUGAAAGCAAGUGAAUUAGCAUAACUUACGCUGUCGCGGUAAAGCCCAAGCACUUCAGCGUCAUGUUGAAGUUACACCAAAUGCGAAGCCACUGAGCACAAACAACGGGAAGUGAUUUUUUGUAUGUACGGCUUCAUUGUGAGCUGUCCAUGACUUAAACAAUAAAUAAUCGAGCAAAUCUCUUAACAUUUUUAAGGCUAGGCUCGGUUAUUAAUUGGUAAUAGAAUGCUUAAGCUGGCUUGUUCGGUUGUUUGUGGUAAACAGUGCUAGUUUCCAACUAUAGCACUGGGAAGGUACCAAGAUAAAGUUGUCUGCCCAUUCACUACCCGAGUUCGCCGCCUGCCACUACUGUGGCACUAGUUGUGUGCCAAUUUGCCAUUUCGAUUUUGGGUAGAAAUAGGAACAUUAGAGCAAAGAAACAAUUAGACGAACGAUACAAGAUCUAUAAGUUUCAAACAACAAAUAACAACAACAAAUUUUAUUCAAAAUUGGAAAAUAACUAAUUACAUUACUUUCCCACCCGCAAAUAGCUUAUGAACUAAUCGAGGCGGGGGGAGCUGAAGACAUAUUACAAAACAAGAAUUAUAUAUAGAUGGACUAAAUAACAGUGGAGACACUACAAUACAGUAAAUAGAGUUUAAACUAACAUAAAACAAAAAACAAAAAAGCAAGGCAUGUACAUAACGAUUACGAAGAGAGGUUAACUAAAGUAUUAAAUAACUUAAUAAGACGGGAGACUUCGACAUAAUCAUCUUCUGACCGCAAAAAAUUUAGUAAUAAUUCCUUUAUUUUUUUACGAAAGGACGAACGUUUAAGUAUUUUAAUCGAAUACGGAAUAGAGUUCCAAAUUUGGGCACCGAUUCUCGUGAAAAAGGCAUACAUUUUAUCGGUUCUAGAGAACUUAACAUAAAACGAGUCGCUAGAGACAGAUCAGUUUCGUCUAGAAAUGCUUCCAAAAUGUCUUGAAAGGUAAUAAAUUAAAACAAAGUGACCCCUUUCCGAGAGGUCACCAUAUGUUGCAAUUAUCGCAUUAGAUAUCUGUCUGGAUUGGACAAAACAUGGCUAUAAAAAUUUUACCGAGUCUUGUAAUAUAUUUUUUCCUUGUUAUCUUUUAUGUAUUUAUUUUUUACCGAAUAUUACCCGAAUACAUACGCUGCAGUGAUAGAUUGUCAUGAAAUUCUCGCUGGCCAUUAACCUAACCACCCCCUCCCUCCCUCCCCCCCCCCGCAAAAAAAAACUUUUCAUACCUUCCAUAAUUCUCACUGUGUGUCAGUUUGAAAUCAGCACGCGUAUUAGAUUGACCUCGACUCUCGAAGUGGGUUGUCUUCGAAUUUUUUUGGCUGCCUUGAGGAAACGUUUUCCGGAAGGCAUCAUUAAGCCUUAUGAAGGAACACGUCUUACGAUUGGCAAAAUCUGCUAGUUGUAAUAUCUUCUCGCAUCUCGUCUCAUUUAGCUACAAGGGUGAAAGACUGAUUUCGGGCUUGAGACGGAAAGAUUGGAUAUUGCGAGAUUUAAUUGUUUUAAGUUCUAAGAGAGAAAUCUAUUUGGCGAGAUGGAAAUUGAUGCUGACUUCUGACCAGGCCAAAGACUCCAUGGCCGGAAGCUCCAUGUCCCCUUUUCAACCGUUGAUUUACAUCCGGUAUCUUGAAUAAAUCGACUGUGUAAGUCGAGACAAAGUUUUGAUGCAACGAUUUAUGAUAUAAGCUAAUGACUUUUAGCUGUUUUUCAUUCGACUUAGACGUCAAGUUGUUAAAAUGCACUUAAAAUUUCUUUAGCCACGGUUUAGCAGAUCCACACAGAUACAAGCUUAUAUAAUGUUGAUUAAAUGAUCGUUUUAGGUACAUUUUAUUGGCAGAUGUUAUAAAAUUUAACUGCCAUUUUUGCCUUAAGUUAAGCUCAUCUCAACACCUUAACUGUGUAAAUUUUGUUAAGCUCAAUCGGUGGCGGUGAGGCAGUGGAUUUGGGCCAGCAGAACCAAGGGCCAAUAGCCUUAGAGAGCUCAGACAUCGGAAAUGAAACUCCUGGUUCUGGAAAGGAGGUAGGAAAUGGAAUCGGAAAUCUUAAUUAGAUUUCGAUCCCGAGGUUAAAGUCUGUUUUCGGAUUCGAUAUUGGUAGCCAGCAAAAUACCCCACAAGAAUUAUGAACGGUAUUUUAAGCCAUAUAAAAUAGCGACAAAAUAGCAUGCGUCGUUAAUUUCAAUACGAACACUGUACAUACUAAGACUGAGAAUGAAAUAGCUUGCAGUGUGACACUGCAUCUGAUUGCUAAAAUAAUUUUCACAUAAGCUCUUUCCUAUGCGUUCAGCCCAUCUCGCUACUAUUUAUGAGCUGCGCAUGCUAGGGAAAUCUCUGUCAAAAUCGCUCUUCCCGCUUUCGUUUGAAUUGUUUCUAGUGAAAAAGGGUUCGGUAGGGAACGCACGACUUUUACUUCCAGCCAAAAUGCUGCUAGUUCCAGCAAAUUUAAAACGUGAUUUUUGCCGCUUGUUUCACACUGAGAGGUUAUGACACGUAUAUUGAUUUUCCACUGUGGUUUUUGUUUUUAGUCGGCAGGAUUUGCCCUCUGAUGCAAGAACAUUUUCUUUAACCUCUUUUGAAACGUAAAGCUCCUUAUUGCGGCUAAAUAAGGGUUGUAAAAAUAUUUUUCCGGCCCAGGUUUAAUAGCCUUAUUUUUCUGCCGAUUUUGAGCCGAAAAUAUUCAAAAUACACAAACUGAAGAAAAUAUACAAAUGUGUGGCCAACUGUUCAUAUUGUGGGGUGUGAUCGAGGAACUCGCUCGUGGGUAAUGCUUUGAUAUAACUGAACCUACAUGGUUGUGAUCGGCAAGAAGCUACAAACCAAUGAAAACCUAAAACGCUAUAGUUACCAGGCCCAAACAGGAACUUCAGAGAGACUAAUGAAGCAAAGUCAGAUCUAACGUCAUAAACACGACCACCUAUGGUAAACUAACAUCUGAUAAUGGCAAGCGAAAAAUAUUCCUAACAUGGCAAUAAGUAAAUUCGCGAGCUAAUUAGAAACUUAUUCUAAGGACAAGUAAAAACAAAAGAUCAUAACAGGAAAAUACUUCUGUGGAGAAAUCAAGACUAACCUUGACCCACUUAAUAGAAACAAAAACGAAACUUAAAAAAACUCCGUCCUAAAAAUAACUUUAAAAAUACUUCACAACGAUAUCCAGCCUCCAAUUUCACACCAUGCCACGACUGGAAUAUCUUUCCUCAUUCUAAAACAACACAGCUCGUGUCUCUCAAAACAAUCUUUUUUAUACUGCCUGGGAUCAGAAAUCGUCCUUUUGCGACCCGAAUUCUAUCUUUUACUGCCAUGGCCGGCUCCACCACUUGUGGGCGACAUCUUGUUUUUGCCAGAUUAAUCUUGAAAAAUUCACUUUUCACGCAUUGCGCUUCAGCUCGCACAUGGGCAGUUCACGAGAUUUACUCUUAGCCUGGACUCUUGAACAGUGUGAGAGGUGACAGGAAAAAUAUGCAUUUUAAUACUAUAAGACUUGAGGCUUAAGUGAGCGUUUCCGGUAUGGAAUGAUAUGUCUCGUGAUUCUUCAAAUAAUACUCACUAUUCUUGCUCUUUAUAUCCAUCUUAGGCAUUUUACAGUGUGAAAGGAAGACUCGAACACCAUAGCCAGCAUAGGAGAAACUAGUCACGUGACAUUGCAAUUCGCGCCAACUCUUUAUACGACUCAGCUCAACCUGUUUACAGAAUGAAAUGGAGGCACUUUUAAACACAUUUUUAAGAUUUGGGAUUGAAUGAGCGGUUAUGAUAUUGAGUAGCUUGUCACGUGACCUUUUAAUUCUUACAACGAUAGUUUCAAUUUAAACCUCAGUAUCCAUUUAGCUCAUCUCAAUGCCAUUUGUACCCGUCUCAACACGUUUGCUGUGUUAAAUGGCGACACGACACCCUACUCUUACUUAAACCUAAGUCUGUAAGGACAAGCAUUUCCGGUAAAUUCAUACCAAGUUCAUACUAGAAUCAAUCCGGAUUAUCCCAAUUUAUUGGCGCAGCCGUGAUGAGCGUUAAUGCGCUAAAGUGAAAACGGAUAUAAUGAACACACUGAAAUACUAUGACUUAGGGAUAUUCAUUUUCCUGAGUUUUCCGUAUACACAGUGUUGUGUUUUAGACUGAUCAGCUGAAGCUUCCGUAUCAACAAUUACAAUUACAGCACAAAUAUUGGAGCCAUAUAUUAAUGAAUGAAUAACUUGAUUUAAACACAGUCAGCUCGUCAGAAAAACUACUUUCAUACAUUGAAAUUAUGUUAAAAACCUACAUGUACAUAGACGAGAGCCUGCGUUUCAUAAGUGCCAUUUAGAUAGAUCCUGAAGACCCUAAGAGAGUUCGCCUGCCGCAGUUCAAUAGGAAGGCUAUUCCAACGAACUGCCCCAGAGAAACUGAAACUACUAUAUAUAUAUAUAUAUAUAUAUAUAUAUAUAUGUCUGUCUGGAUUUGCAAAAAGGUACCUCUAGGAUUUUUUUUAGCAAGAGUCUCGUUUGAGGCUUGUUCGGUACUUUACCAUUCUUUUUUAUGAUAUUUUCAGUACAAAAACCCCUGAUAACAAGCUGCAGUAGAUCAAAAAACACGUGUUAAAUACGCUGUUUUCAUCUCCCUGCCCCCUCCCUCCCCACCCCUCCCCCACCUAUCAUUUCCCAUAAUUCUCUCCUUGUUAUAAUUAAAAACACUAUGACAUUUGGAAUCAGCGCGCGCGGUAGAAGUUGUUUUCCGUGGUCGGUUAAUUUCCUAGAUUUCUUUUCGGCCGCCUGCAGUAAAGUUUUCCGGAAGGCAUCAUUCAGCCUUAUGAAGGAGCAAAUCUCACGACUGGCAAAGUCUGCCGUCGUCCAAUACGUUACCGUAUUUCGUCUCAUUUUGGUUAAACGAUUGAAACACUUAUCUCGAGAUUGAGGUGGAAAGGCAUCAUAUUGCGAGUUUUAAUGUGGGCGAUGACGAGUCUCUGGCCUCAAAAAGUAGGUUGUGGGACUGAAAUCUAUUCGGCGAGAGCAAAAUUGAAGCUGAUCUCUGACCAGGCAUGAGACUCAAUUAAAAAUUGUUUUGAAGGCCGGCCUCUAUGUGUUCCUUUCGAAACCGCUCGUUUACAUCCGGGAUCUUGAAUAAAUCGACUGUGUCAGCAAAGUUUACAUGUAUGUGGAGAAAGCACGAGUUAUUGAGAGAGAGUAAUUCGCGAAUGUGGUUAAUUGUGUGAUUUCCUGAAAUUGUUGACUGACAGAUUUCAGGUAUGUCGUGGCGCUUGUGUCAUAAGAAUAUUGUGUACAAGCAUAAAAACGCUUUGGGAGUGUUUAGUUGAAGUAAUUUUGUUUUAGACAACCGAUUGUGGGGUCAAAAGAGUUGGAUUCUAGAACCCCAUUUACACGUGCUAAAAAAUCAGCCACGCCUCGUUUACCCGUGCCGAGACUACUUCCCGGAGGUAGUCUCGGCACCCCUAAAAUUUUGAGCACUGGUGCCACAUUUCAUUUGGGACCAAUACGUUUAUACGUCAAAAAUUGGGAGUGCCCUGCCUUAAAAUCGUCAGCACGGUGCCAAAAAUUUGGCGUGCCGUGCCUAUUUUUUAGCGCGUGUGAAUGGCGUCUAGGUCUGUUUUUGUCUAAGCUACGAGCAGUCUCUCUUAUUUCUUGGCAAGUCGAGCAAGUCUCCCAAGACACGCAAAUGACUACGCGCGUGACCGAAGGCGCGAGACGCGAGAGGCACGCCUACUGUCUCUUUUUCUCUGUCUUUUUCCUGCUCUAUUUUCCAAAUUUGUGGACAUGACAAUUAGUCCAAGCUUAAUACUUUAGACAACAUGGAUACAGAAACAAUUUCCGCUUUCCGUUUUCGUCUGUAUUGACUCUUUAGUUGUCUCUGCUUUACAAAACUCGUGUGGGUAUGCGAUUUCCCACCAAAAUAACCUCGAUUUGCAUGUGGGUUGCCAUAACAGUUGAUUGAGUUAUUUUACAUUGGUAUCCUGUGGUGCGGGCGGACGGUCGCCCGGGCGGUCGGUCAGUGUACGGUCACGUGAUCACUAAAUUUUCUGAAAUGGGUAGAUUUACUUAGCUAUGGGUCUCCGCGCGUGCGUGGAGCUUCGCUAUAACAAGAAGAACUAAUGGGAUGGCAUCUGAGUGGAGUUAGAAGAACCAAAAUUCGAGUUAUCGGGGUAAAUAAUAGCGAAUUUUUGAGUCAAGGAAAGGAAAGGAGAUUUAGUUUAGAGUCAGCGAGAAAUUCGGGUAUCAGAGUUCGAGUUAACCGGGUAAAAUGAAUGAAAAGUGGGAUGAAUUCUAAGGGAAAUUGGACUUAGUUCAAGUUAGCGGGGAGUUCGAGUUAUCCGAGUUCGAUAUAUCGGGGUUCUACUCUACAUAUAAAGGUAAAACAAAGCCUGUAAAGUUAAUCGUGCGAACAUCUUUUGCAGAAAAAAAUUAUACGAGAAGGGAGCGUGACCUUCCAAAACAUCUUUUCUUCAUUUUCCAAGUUUGUGAUGUAAUAUAGUAUUGGUAAUGCCAUGCAGCCCGACUGAUUAAUGCAAGUAGUAGAAUCUUUGUAGCUGAGUGAAAAAGGCCAAUCGAGAGUGAAACCUAGCUUCGUGGUUGUUUUAUUGUCAUCGUAGUCGAGCACGCAACAUUAAAAGAGUAGCUGCUUUUGCAAAUUCAUUGGUGCCAAAAAAGGGCGCACUUUUCAGUUUAAUUUCUUUCUUUUAGUCAUUCUGCAUAUAUUACAUUUCGCAUAAUUUUGUCAUUCCGCAAGCUAUGCCACAUGCCAUUCCGCAAACUCAUUCUGCCUUUUAGACUCACCGUUUAAGUAUAUAUGUCAUGAACAUAGGUAAGUUUCUAAUUUGUCUAUUUUAUUAAAUUAUUCUCUACUCAGGUAUGGAAAAUAUGCAAUGGGCUCGUGGUUUGUUCCCGCUAUUUUUAAGUAAGUCAUCACCAAAUAGAAUUGAUGUAACGCAAGUGCGACACUGAUUUUUUUACUUUGUCGUGUUUGUUAAAGACAAGUAUAAUCAUGAGCUCGUACCGUGGUAAUAAACAUUCUUUAGAAAAGCUAAUAGAGGCUAUAGGCGAAUCUUUGUAUAAAUUUUUUUGCGUCAUUAACAAACCCGUUUCAUUCCCUGAUCAAGCUAUUAAAAUAAAAUCACUGAAUAUUGAAAGGACAUAACAAUUUCAGUUAUCUCUGAACAUUUGAGCCCGAUAUACCGAAACAUUUCGGAGAAAGUCUCUUCCAACAAGUCGAGAGUUGAGCAUUUCGCAGUUUUUGAUUCCUGCUAUUUCCCGUGUUAUUGAUUGCAAAGUGCUCGAUUAUUGAGCAAACUUCUCAAAAUAACCAGCUCUUUUAACUUAUGCAUCUAAUUUGUACAUACGACGACGUCCUCUGUGGGUUUACCGGUAUGCUAAUUAGCAAAAAUGUUCUAAUGACGUCAGCAAAUAUUUGCCUAUAAAGAUAGAGAGUUAAAAAGUUUGUUAUUAAGCACAUCUGUCGCAAGUUUUUGUGUAUUGUAAUUCACACAGACAGUUUGUAUGCAUGUUUGAGUGAUGUCACUUUCACAGAAAACAGUUUUUGUGUAUGGAGAAAAGAUGUUAUUUUGCAGAUAGGACUGUUAUUACUUGAGUAGCACUGAAAUGCGUCGUUUUAAUAAUCCUUAUAGAAAUAUUUAAAGAGUUAGAGGGCUUUAACUCUUCCAAUGUGUAAGAUUGGUCUGUUUGUAACGUUUAGAGUGGGCAAUCGGCGAAAGCCUUUGAAAAAUUUCGAGCAAGUUAAGAGUGGUUGUCAGAGAAAACCGGGCAGAAUGUUAAAAAUGUCAACGGAAGGGGGUCAACAGAAUAAGUUCAUACUAACAUCAUAGUUAGGUCUGGUGGAGUCAAGUUUGAAUCAACGUCCGCCAUUUUGAAUUUUGUUCAAAACCACAUGUGACCUAGCAGCCCGGCUGCAUCUUGCGCCCAUCAUCUGCCUCCAAGGGGUGAGGAUCUGGCUCCUUUUUCAUAGCAAAUUCAUAAAUUGUCUACUAAAACACUGUGCAACAUGGAAGCAAGGCCAAUUUAUGCACUAAAAGCUUUUAUGCACUAAAAUCUGCUUGGAAGAAAACUAGUAAGAGAAAUUGCUCAGAAAUUAUGCAGAAAGUUACUUGAAACGAAAAAAGUUGCUCGAAAUACUACAAGUUUCCAAACACCUGGCCAGCAACUCGUAGAAAGUUCUAGGGAGAAGAGGGAGGUGGAGAGGAGGUGGGAGGGCACUCAAUAAAGCUUUGUUCGGAGAGGCUUCGCCCCGAGGUCCAGUCCCUUACCCUUAAAUAUACUAUUUUUGACAAAAGGUACCCCUUUCGUGUAUCUUCCAUUAAAAAGUUGCACCCUUUUCAUAUAUCUCCUUCGUGAAAAUAAAUCGGUAGGAAAGGAGGUCUUCCGGUCAUUUUCGAGUAACCUUAACAUGUAAAUGAUAUUGCCAUAAGGCCUAUUUCUUCGAAGCAUUUUAAUAAUAGGCCCUUUAAAAUACUUAAUGGGAGAUAUUCUCCUCCUCUCACAUACUUCAACUUGUGAUUUCCUAGCUACCCUUUGAUACACCUGAUGCUUGAAAGAGGUACCCUUCGGGCGAAGCCUUCCGGACUAGAUGAGUGUACCUUCGGACAUGGACGGUGAUUGAAGACUGACACAAAAAUAGAUGAUACAAUAAAGAGUCCAGAGAAACGCUAGGACUUAUAUGGGAUAAACUCAAAAUUAAGUGAAUGAAGAGCAAAUGAAGACUGAAUAAAGUAAUGCCAAUUGGUCACCUGUUCACCACACCCCAUCACUCCGCAAAAAAAAAAAAAAAAACGACAACACAAAACAAGCUAAAUUUAACUAAAAGCAGUAAUUGAAGAAGAAAAAGGACUGUAAUAGGUCGCUGAUAAGCCGGUUUGUUUGUUUUUAUCUGUUUGGUAAUUCACCACUUGUGGACAAGGCAGCAACUAGUGCCAGUUCCUCCUGAGUGCUGAAUUUUCAAGAUGGCGUUACUCUGUUAUUUUCUAGUUUCAUCCUAUCGUUCAGCACUUUUUGCCCUUUCAAGAUGUAACCUAAGCAGUAUUUCGAGCUUUUUGAUAUGUUCUCCAGCUGCUGAACAUACUUUACAGCGAAAUAUGAAAGAAAAUUCACGAAGAGGACUUAAAACAAACACCAAGGGAUCGGCCUGUACGCAAGAAAAAGCUUGGAAACUAUAACAAAUGUGAGUUUUCUAAUUUCUUCCUGUUUCAAUAGUCCAAAAUGAUUAUUGGUGUUUUGGUUACAUGGAUGAUAGUAGACUGCAAUUUGGCUGUCAGAGUUGUUCUGUCGUUUUAGUUGUGCGCUGUAGAUCAAUUCAAAAAUGCCCGAUUUUUUGCUCGUUUGCAGACACUGAGUUUAGGUCAGAUAAAAUAAGAAAAUUUUAGUCUUGUCCGUGGCUACUUAACAAAUCUUAUGGUUUUAGAAACUAAUUCUGUGAUGUGUUGUAUCGCAUACAAAAAAUAAACUUCGCUCGUUAAAUUUUGAGUGUUCUGUGAGUUUCAGAAAAUGGUGAAAAUUUGCUUAUAAAAAUGGCGUCCGAGGGGGUCGAAUAAAGUGAUGCUCGUAUCUCUAAUACAAGAGCAGUGAAGAACCUAUGUUUGGUAUAUCUGUCCACUACUCCACCAGACCUAUCUAUUAUGUUAGUAUGAACUUAUUCUGUUCACCCCCUUCCGUUGACAUUUUUAACAUUUUGCCCUGUUUUCUCUGACAACCACUCUUUUUGUUUGUUUGUCUUUUUUCGGCUUUUUGCGUUUUGCUAAAAAGUAAGGGUGAGCAAUACAACACCUACAACGAAAAUUAUUGCUUCCGGUUUUUGCAUGAUGAUUAUGAUUAUAAUCAUUCGGUAGAUAACUCGGCGAGCCUUGAAUCCCCGCCAUUAAGUUCAACACCUUUCAACAACCUAUCAAAUCUUGCAUUUCCAGCAUUGUUCAGUAUUUGCUUUCGUCCGUAAUUGCUUUACUAUUCUGGUCGUGCAAGAAAGUCUUCAAAACGCAAAACCAUAUAUGCUUUGGCUGAUUUAUUGCCUCUUGUAAAAAGGCAAUUCAAAAAUGUCUGGGAUUCUGGAUUCCACGCUGCAGAUUCCGCAUUCGUUUUCAGUGGAACUUUGAUUCCAAAUUCCAAUAUUAGUGGGCUUCGGGAUUCUCUUUUUUACAAGCAAAAAAUUCCAGGAUUCUAGAAUCUGGAUUAUCUUACAUAGGGCGAUAUUUUACAAGUAGAUAUAAAAGUUACUUAAUGAACUGCUUUUAUCACUUGUAUUCAUUUACACUCUGGGUUUUUUAUAUAAUUAUGUUGUGGCUCAAUUUUAUUCUUGAUUUAAAUUCUAUUUUCCAUUGUUUCAAACUCAUUAUGAUUUCAUGAAUUACCAUACCCUAAAACCAAGGGAAAUAAAAUUUGAAAUUUAAGCCACUUUUAUAACGGUUUAAAAGUAGUUUCUUAAAUAGGCUUAGUUUCAAAUAUGAGUUAGCACUAUGAGAAAUUCUUGCUGUAAGCGCCUUAAUAAAUGCUUUUUUAAAAUUUAUGUGACGUUAAACAUGUAUUUAUCGAAUGAAUGAAGACAUUAUUAUUAUUAUUAUUAUUAUUAUUAUUAUUAUCAUUUUACUAGUAUUAUUAUUAUUAUUUUACUAUUAUUAUUAUUAUUAUUAAAAUUGAGCCACGACAUGUACAAGCAGUAUCACAACUUAUGUCUAUUGCCUUUAAUAACAGCUACAUGUACCUGGGUGUUGAUGACAUCUCCUGCAGUGUGUUUCUUAGACCAUUCAAGCAGUAAGGCGAGUAGUGUCCUAUUAAUUUCAAUGAGUUCUAUUGUGGCAGGCCAAAAUACAGCCACAGUACCUUCACUGUCUUCUGUUUCGAUGUCAUCCUCCAAGGUUUUUCAUUCAAGUACCUUGGCCUUAAGUAGUUCGUCAUUUGUGGCACUGAGCUCUGGUAUGGCGAAAGAACUAAGUACACCCGCAUUGCCGUUAGGGUCGUCUAAGCUGGUGUCAUCAUUGCCUGUUGUGUCAAAAUCAGUUGCUCGUUUAAGCCGUUCAUCCAGAAGUGAAUCUUCAUCUGUGGCAAUGAAUUCGAGUUGGGCUUUCGAGCAAGGUACAUCCGCAGUGACCUCAGUAUCUUCCUUGCUGUUGUCAUCAUCAACUAUUUCUACAAGCAGCUUGCAACAAAGCCAUUUGACAGCUGUUGUAGUGGGCACUACCCUGGAAAUAGAUAAAAGCACGCCUGAAACACCCUCACCGUCCUCUAUGCUGCUUCCUUCUUCAACAGUGGGGUCGCAGCAGUCAGGUACGUUAUUUUCAGAUGAUCUCUUCGAGAUACAACGAACAUUACAGUCGAACCUCCACGUGCGACCAUCUCUAUAGUAAAUGACAUCCUCCUCUAACCGACCAUGUAUCUAAACUACCAAACUUUUCUCAGUCAGAGACCUAUAAAAACGACCAUCUCUUAUAAGCGACCGCGACCACCUUUUGGCUGCAUGGUUUAAUAGUUUACCGCUGUUUUUGACCCCUUGUAAGCGACCACUUGAAGCUCGACCACUCUAUGUUCGCUGUAUUUACCACACCACUCAGAGUAUAUGAAGAAAUUCCAUUAACAACAUGGAACAACACGUAUACGUAACUUAAAGAUUGCAUGCAAUAGACCUUAUUUAAGAUGCCCGCCAUCUUUGCACUCGCUUUUAAGGACUGAUGGGAUAAAAAAGUGAUGUCAUGUGGUUUCUCAGGGGGCAAACAGGCGAUAAAUUUUUCCAAAACAAGAAAUCGCAGUCAACUUUGUUUACUCGUGACAACAGAAUACGAAUAAUUUUUUACAAUAUAUAGAUUUAGCCAGGGCUGAAAGCGAAGCUCCUGUUAAUAAAUUCAUAAUUUAAAUCAAACAAUAAACUUGUAAUCCACAGAUCAGGGCACACUCAUGUGACUUUUGAAGCAAAGGCUAAGUGAUUUUAGAGAAAAAUAAUUUGACAGUCCAAGAGUGAAGCAAAUUUUACAUCGAGUUAAUAGCCUUAUUUGUACACCCAAAAAUUGCGAUCAUGUUCGAUCACAGUAGAUUAGGCCUAGAAAGUGUAUUGUAUUUGCAUUAGCUGUUGCGUCAUAAUGUGGCAUUUUCCAGUCUCUCCAACAUUGCUCCGUUUGAGAGACUAAUAAUUGGACAACCCCGAAAUAUAAUACUAUGAAGGAACGGUGAAGCAGACUACAGAAAAAAGUUUUCCCGCAACUUCGUGUACACAUUAAGGACAACAACAACUUGCCACAUGGUAAGUUUCAUUGAUUUUUAUUUCCAUUUUCUAGCAAAUUUCCAGACCUAAACCUCGCCCCAUAUGUUCCCUAUAUUUAACCAUGUUCUGAAAUCCGAACGUGACACUAACAGUGAGCCUGGGUUACCUGUGAUCAAAGCACGCGCU